UCUCAUGCCCGGGUGACAAGGAUGUGGAUCCCGGUGGGUUUGCUCUGCUGCUUAGUCUUUGGAGGGCUGCCUCGGGCUGGCGCUUCUUGUCCGUCUCAGUGUAGCUGCACCUUCCAUAGCCUCAGCGAAGGGACAAAAAGCAGGACUGUGCUGUGUAAUGAUCCCGARAUGACUCUCACGCCUGUGAAUAUUCCUGUAGACACCUCCAAGCUUCGCAUAGAAAAGACAGCCAUCAGGAGGGUGCCAGGGGAGGCCUUGCAUUCACUCCACAACCUGGAGUACCUCUGGAUGCCCUAUAACUCCUUGGCCAGCCUCAGCGUGAUCACCUUCAAGGGCCUCCGUCGCAUACAGGAGCUGAGGCUGGAUGGAAAUGACUUAAUAUCUUUCCCGUGGGAAGCCCUCGCUGACAUGCCCCAGCUGAGGCUUCUGGAUCUGCACAACAACGAACUCACCUCAGUCCCCYCAGAUGCUGCUCGUUAUAUCAAGAAUAUCACCUACCUGGACCUGUCCAGCAAUAAACUGAUGACUCUUCCUCAAACCCUUAUUUCCACCUGGGCCAACCUGCAGGCAGUUCCUUACUUUCCUAAUGAUAACUCCAAGAUCAUCCUAGGUUUGCAAGACAAUCCUUGGGUGUGUGACUGCAGUCUAUAUGAGAUGGUGCAUUUCUUGAAUUUCCAGUCGCCUAACAUCGCGUUCAUAGAGCCCCGGCUGAAGUGCUCCACGCCCCGCAGUCUGGCGGGAGUCGCCUUCAGCCAGGUGGAGCUGCGCAAGUGUCAGAGCCCCGUUGUGCACACAUCGGUGGCCAAGGUGAAGACCAUCCUGGGCAGCACCGUCUUGCUGCGGUGCGGGACGACAGGCGUGCCCGUUCCCGAGCUCAGCUGGAGAAGGGCUGACGGUGCUCAGCUGAACGGCACAGUUCACCAAGAAAUUUCUAGUGAUGGGAUGAGCUGGUCUAUUCUGGGCUUGCCUGUGGUCUCCUAUCUUGAUUCUGGCGAGUACAUCUGUAAAGCAAAGAAUUUCCUGGGGGCAACAGAGGCGUUCAUAUCCCUCAUCAUCACGGAUGCGGAGAGCACGGAUGACCCCAGCUCUAAUGCCAAUGGUGUCUGGAGUGCAAAGGCGAGUGGGAUGGAGGCAGCUGCCUACAACGACAAGCUAGUGGCCAGGUACGUUAUCACCACCUCCACUAUACCUACCUUGGGAGCCAGAGCAGGCUCUGAAGAGAACCUCAUCCUCCAAAACGGGGCGCAGAACAGCAACUCACAAAACCUCCUGGUGAGUCCACCUACCGGACAGCCCGAGCCGGAGCGAAUCGUGAGGUCAGUGAGAGUGUUAGGGGACACCGACCAAAGCGUCACCCUGGCCUGGAAGGCGCCUCUGGCAAAGAACACGACAGUGUUCAGUGUCCUCUAUGCCAUUUUUGGAGAGAGAGACAUGCGGCGGAUCAGCGUGGAGCCAGGGAAGACCAAGGUCACCAUUUACGGGCUGCUGCCGAAGACCAAAUACAUCAUGUGCGUCUGCGUGAAGGGGCUGAUCCCCAGGAAGGAGCAAUGCAUCAUAUUUUCCACAGACGAAGUUGCCAGCGCGGGGGGAACGCAGAAGCUCAUCAAUGUGGUGGUGAUCAGCGUGGCCUGCGUCAUUGCCCUUCCCCUCACGCUGGUGGUCUGCUGCGGAGCACUGAAAAGGCGCUUCAAAAAGUGCCUCGUGCGGAAACCCAAGGAAAUUCAGGACUCCUAUGUCACCUUUGAAAGCCUGUCACCCGGGGCCAAGGCAAAAGGGGUCGAAGGAGAAUACUUGACUAGACAUACCCCAGAUGAGUCUAACAGGCUGCUCUCUGCCCGCUCAAGUGUGGACUCAGAAGCAAUACCGAAGAUAGAGGGGCAACCUAAUGAAUAUUUUUGUUGAUUGCAACAAGGUUAGUUGUCAACUUGUUAGCUGUGAAACACACAUGGCUCUAUAUGUGACUCUGUUCUACAGACCUAACAUUGCAGGCGUUGUGUCAGUGCUAGUGUCUCCUGACACACUCUGGAGGAGGGUGCAAAGCACUGAUGGCACCCAAGCUUACAGGAACAUAUUGGGAUUUGCUGUUUUGUACCUGAUCAAAACCUUGUGUGAUACCAUCCGUGUUCUCCUGGGUGACUCUUUAUUUUGCAAAAUGAGAUGUGCACACUGAGUGUGAGAACAAUAAGCAACAUUUUUGAGUGCAUGAUGUCCACUGUUGUUUARUAUCUGCUCUGCAGUAUGCUCAGACUUUUUGAAGUUCUUCAGGUUGACGGCCUGGAGAGAAUUUAAUGAUUUGAAUAUAAGUGUAUGUAUAAACGUGAAGAUUGAUGGUCUUAUCUGGUACACCCACCCUCUGAGUUCAGACAAAUGUGCAGAGAUACAAAUCAAAAGACAAAAAUACCUAUCCCCUCCUAAGACUACAUAAUAGGGAGUGUUUUGUGAGAACAUUUUGAUCCUAACCAUGCUUUCCUUUUGUUGUGGCUUGAACAACAGUAUCCCACAGGUCUUCCACUUUCAGGCGUAGCUGUCACUUGCUGCAGUGCUGUAAUUAGUAGAGGAUGUUUUGUUUCGGCUGUGCUAGCUAAAACCACACRGUAGGCUGUUCUGAAAAUCGUGUGUGGGUGUUGUAAUGGCUUGUAACUAUGUUGGAUGAAGCUGCAUUAG